AUGGCGAACCCAUGUGCAUUUCUUCAUCCUUCUGCUACCUGGCAAGCUUUACUUGUCAUUAUUUCUGUGACUGCUGUUCGUGCUGCAGUUUCUGGGGGCCAAGAUAAUUAUCCACAACUGUAUGCUUCCUUCUUUAAUCCUUUAUUCACAACAGUGUCUUGCAGCUACUUCCAUGACCAAUUAUCUAGCACAAGCAUCCUGAAAUGGACUCGUGCUUUCUUCUGGAGUGAAUCACAUUUCGCACAUUGUGUAUACUCUUACUAUUCCCCAAAUCCUAUGUUCCAGAGGGUUGUCAUAGCCAUAGUAUCUGCUAUAAGCGUGGACAAGUUACAUUUUGUAUUAUGCAAGCUUGUACUCCCUGCACUGGUAGUAUUCAUAUUCCUUGCCCACAAGUAUUGGAAAACAAGGAUAACCAUUGAUGCAGUAGAGAAGUUUCUCCAGAUGCAACAAAUGCUUGGUCCCACUAGGUUUGCCUACACGGACAUCACCGCGGUCACUAGCCAUUUCAGAGACAAGUUGGGUCAGGGAACUAUUGGGUACAUAGCUCCUGAAAUGGUAUCUCGUAGCUUUGGUGCCAUAUCAAUCAAAUCCGAUGUUUAUAGCUUUGGUAUGCUACUGCUGGAGAUGGCAGGAGGGCGAAGGAACGCAGACCAAAAUGCAGCCAACUCAAGUCAAGCAUACUACCCGGCCUGGGUCUAUGAUCGUCUAGCCGCACAAGAAUUUGGUGAGAUAUCUAUUGUGUCCGACAUGCAUGAGUUGGAAAGGAAACUGUGCAUUGUUGGGCUACGGUGCAUUCAGAUGAAGCUGCAAGAUCGUCCAAUGAUGAGUGAGGUUAUAGAGAUGCUUGAGUGUGGCACUGAUGGCCUCCAUAUGCCUUCUAGGCCAUUCUUCUGCUAUGAUCAUAUUGUCGAUACAGAUUCCCACCAUUUCUCCUCAGAGCUCAAUGCAAUUGAGGAAGAUGAUUGA